UUGGGGAACCGAAAAUAAGAAUAUGCCCAAUAAAAUUGUUUCAUUUUUUGGGGAAUGUUCCCAUUUCCGGUUUAAUUUUUUUCAGACCGGAAGUAACAACGCGACAACGGAGGAGAAGAUGCGUCGCAUAAUUGAGAUGACGGUGCUAAUUUGUGGCAUCACGGUUGUCGUAGUCGUUUUCUUCCUCUCCGUCCGAAUUUCGGCCCAUCUCUUCAAAAAGUUCAAGAUAUACAGCAACCAGAGAUUAUCAGCCCCGAACGGAAAUGGGAACGGGAAUGAAAUGAGUGUCCAUUACUCGAAUGGGAGGAGUGCAAAUGGCGGAGGUUCCUCUUCUGGCGUGGAGUCUUCGACCAUCCGCUCCCCCACGGCGCCUGCUGCUUCUCUUUACGCCGUCAUGCCCGGGCACUUCCUUCACCAGCCUUGCUACCCGGGUAGCAGUAGGGACCCACCGACCGGAAGUGGUUCAACCAGCGGCGGCGGCGGCACUGAUGUCAGACCGACCUCCACAACGACGACGACGAUAAGCACGUCGCGACAUGUGGAUGGAACUUAUCGCCCCGGAAUUAGAGGCAUGAGCAGUAUCACGACGCAAAUUGAGGACGAUGCCCAAAUUCAUCAUCACAUCGCCCAAUCCUACGCAAGCACGUCACACCCAACGGCACCACCACGUGCAGAAACACCACCCCCACCCUACCCAGGACCUACCAAGGACGAGGUCAAAGGUCAAAGUGACCAGAAAAUUAACAAUCAACUUAAAAACAGAGGGAAGAAUGUAGAAUAAAUAAUUGUAAUUUAGUUUUUUGCAACAAUUUAAAGCAUUAAUUUGUUGUCUAAUCCUUAUUUGAUUUUGAUUGACUUUUUUAUUUUUUUUUCUAAUUUUUGAUUUGAUUUUUUUGGUACAACUCGCUAGAAAAUCUCGGCGUAGCUUGAAAAAAUGUUCAAUUGGUUGUGUUAUUCCAAAAUCUAUAACGUUUACAAAAAUUAUUGUACUAAAUUUACAUAAUUAUCGUAAAGGCAGAUCUAAAAACAUCUCAAUGUGCACAUAAUAAUUAAAUGAUACUUUCUCGCUUUUUCGGCGUUGGAGUGAGACAUUUUGAAUUUUAUUGCCCGAUAUUUUGAUAAUUUUAAAGAAUUUCGAUAAUUUUAAAAAUUUAAGAAUUUUCGAAAAUAGCGUGAUAAUAUCUAAAGGUAAUUGGAACCCUAAACCUAAUAGUUAGAUUUAUUAAUUGAAAUUUGUUUCUUUAGUUUUUCGGCGUUAACGUAAGACAUUUUCAAUUUGGUUGCCUAAUAUUCUGAUGAUUUUAAAGCAUUCUGAUAAUUUUUAAGAAUUCACGAAAAUAAUGCGUCUCGGAAAAUCUGCACUUUGUAAAUUCAUAAGAUUUGAGUAAAAUUUUUACCGAUCGGAACCAAACCGCAAAUCAAUUUUAUUUUGAGUGUUUCAAUUUCCACGACAAAGUAAUAAAGGAUUUGGUACACGGAGAAUGUAUAUGGCGAGCAGGGUGUAAAUCAAGAUAAUUGAAUAAUUAAUUACUAAUAAAAUAUUUAAUGGAAAAUUAAUUAUGCAAAUAAUGAGCAUUGCAAAGAUUUGAUCUAGCUGGUUAGGAAACAAAAAUUAAUAAGAAAUUGGUUUGAAAUUAAGAGACACAAUUAAGGCGGAUGUUUGUAAAUCUUUAGAAAAUACUAUCAACUAUGCAGAAAAAAUU